AUGCCCUGGCCAGGAAUAGAAAAGUUUUUUGUUUGUAAAGGCAGUAAAGGAAAUAAUUUGCUAGUACAUUGUGUAUUAUGCAAACCUUCAACUAAAUUACAUAGUGUAUCAAAAACCACACCAUCAAACCUUAAACGACACAUAAAGAGAGUCCAUCAAUACAAAAACAAUGAUUUUGAAAAUGCUUUAAAUGAUGGUAAACAAAAUGUUGUUAUUAAAAAACAGUGUUUUGGUUUGGAAACUGAUCAAACCACAAAACCCUUGCAUCAGUUAACGCUAGAACGUUGUGGAUCUGGUAAAGAAAGUGUAACUCAGCACAAAUUAAAUGAUUUGUUAUUGAAAUUCAUUGUGAGUAAUACUCAACCACUGAGUGUGGUUGAUAAACCAUCAUUUGUAAAUCUGGUUAGACUAGGUUUACCAAAAGAUAUAAAGGUUAUGUCCAGUAAAAAUUUAAAAUUACAAAUUGAAAAACUUUAUUUAUCCAUGGUAGACAAUAUAACUGAUACAUUAUCAUCAGUUUUGUAUGUAUCUACAACAGCUGAUUGUUGGACAAAAGGAAAAAAGAGCUAUAUCGGGGUCACAUGCCACUGGAUAAACUCCAAAAGUUUUAAAAGGGAAUCUGUAUCAUUAGCAUGCUGUCGUAUCAAAGGUCACCAUACUUAUGAUGUUAUUGCUAAGGCAUUAUAUAAAAUCCAUACAACAUAUAAAAUUCAAAACAAAAUUGUUUCAACAACCACUGACAAUGGUUCAAACUUUGUCAAAGCAUUUAAUACUUAUUCUAAAACCAAUGAUUCAGAUUCUGAUGAAUCGGACAAUGAAAAUGAGAAUGUUGACUUAUUUGAUAUAUUAAAUUCAACAUCUACCUUAGAACAAGAAUCUGACACAUUUAUUCAGCUACCUCCUCACUAUAGAUGUGCAAGCCACACAUUGGACCUUAUCGCCAAAUCAGAUGUUGAAAAGAUGAUAAUUACAAAUUCUGAUUUUAAAAAGUUUUAUAGAAAAAUGCUUGGAAAAUGUUCAGCAAUGUGGUCUAAGCAAAAUAUGUCUCCUUUAGUAGCUGAAAAAAUACAUGAUACUUCAGGAGUUUAUUUUAAAACACCAAAUAAGACUAGGUGGAACUGCAUGUAUGAUGCUUUACUACAAUUAAAAAAAAUAUUAAAUGCACAAAAUGGAUUAGACAAGAUCAAUCAGGUAUUGGACUAUUGUGAAAUACAACGGUUCACACUGCAAGAAAUUCAACUAAUGAAUGAGUAUUGUGAUGUUAUGUCACCAUUAGCUGAUACCUUAGACUUUUUACAAGGGGAAGAAAGUAUGUACAUGGGCUUCUUACUGCCAAGUCUUUAUGCAUUGGAAAAAAAAUUAAAAGCGAUUGAAAACGAAAAGUUGGUUUAUUGUAAACCUCUAUUACAAACAAUCAUCGAAUCAAUUAAAAAAAGAUUCGAACCAAUUUGGAAGAAAAACGAAUUAAUAUUAGCAUCAUGUUUAAUACCAAGGUUCAAACUUAUUUGGCGUGAUAGAUAUAAUCAGUGUUUAGCUGAGGGAAAUUUGAAAACUUUGUUCUACAGUACAGAAACCGAUGAAAAUGAUACCAAUGAUACUACCGACGAACAAUUUGAUAAAGCUCAAAAUUUUUUUUGUCUUCCAUUGAAUAAUCAACCAAAAAGUUCCUCUGCAGAUGAGUUAAAAAUGUACCUGAAAAGUCCAUUGACAGAGAUAACUAUGUUAUUAUCUUAUCCAGAAGUAAUGAAAGUUUUUUUGGAGUACAAUACACCAAUGCCCUCAAGUGCUCCUGUUGAGAGAUUGUUUUCUACUGGAUCCAAUAUAAUGACUGUUAAGCGUUACAGAUUAGGUGAUGAACUAUUUGAGAAAUUAGUUCUUCUAAAACAGAACAAAGUUACUAUUUAG